AUGAGCGGUUGAUUAGUCUGGUAGGAUGGUUUAACUAGAGAGGUACAUCUGGACAUCAAUAUGGAGGCGAUGCUCUAGAAUGGAACAGCGAGUCGUACGGAUAGCACCACGGAUGUUGCACUAAGAGAUUGGGUCACACCUGAGUUUACAAAUCAUUCCGAAGUCGAAAAGAUCCACCGGAAAGAGAAAGAGAAAGAGAGAGAUAGAGGGAGAGAGCGAGCGUGAUCUCACCUCAGGAAACCUGCUGCAGACCCCGGGUCCGGAGCGUCCCAUUCAUGAUAGUUUAUCAACAUGUGGCAAUUUGCGGUUCUAUUCCUUUUGAACUCGGUACAGCAGAAUCAUGCGUUGCGCAGCGUUCACCAGAAGUCGAUGGCGGCUGGCAGGCUGGAAAAUGUGACACAGACAAUAUCGCGCAUACUGGAGGGCUACGACAUUCGUUUACGGCCGAACUUUGGAGGUGAGCCAUUGCACGUGGGGAUGGACCUUACGAUAGCGAGCUUCGAUGCGAUAUCGGAAGUAAACAUGGAUUACACGAUCACCAUGUACCUCAACCAGUAUUGGAAGGACGAGCGGCUAGCGUUCAAUGCGUUCGCCCUGUGGAGCGACAAUCCGAACGAGCAGACGGGCGAGAUCAUGAUCGAGGACGACGGUGCGAACGACGUCAUCACGCUGUCGGGGGACUUCGCCGAGAAGAUCUGGGUACCGGAUACGUUCUUCGCCAACGACAAGAACAGCUUCCUGCACGACGUCACCGAGCGAAACAAGCUGGUGCGGCUCGCCGGCGACGGUGCGGUCACGUACGGGAUGCGCUUCACCACCACGCUCGCCUGCAUGAUGGACCUGCACUACUACCCGCUCGACUCGCAAAACUGUACCGUCGAGAUCGAGAGCUAUGGCUACACAGUCUCCGACGUGGUGAUGUACUGGAAGUCUACUCCUAUCCGUGGCGUCGAGGAAGCGGAACUACCCCAGUUCACCAUCAUCGGGUACGAGACCAACGAUCGCAAGGAAAAGCUGGCUACCGGUAUUUACCAGCGGCUGUCGCUCUCGUUCAAGCUCCAGCGGAAUAUCGGCUACUUUGUGUUUCAGACAUAUCUACCAAGCAUACUGAUCGUGAUGCUGUCGUGGGUGUCCUUCUGGAUUAACCACGAGGCGACCUCGGCCCGCGUCGCCCUCGGCAUCACCACCGUGCUGACGAUGACGACCAUCAGCACCGGCGUGCGGAGCUCGCUGCCGCGCAUCUCCUACGUCAAGGCGAUCGACAUCUACCUGGUGAUGUGCUUCGUGUUCGUGUUCGCCGCGCUGCUGGAGUACGCCGCCGUCAACUACACCUACUGGGGUGCCCGGGCCAAGAAGAAGAGCAAAAAGACCAAGGAAGCCGAGCGGAAGGUGUUCGGCAAAACGGAGAAGGCGUCCUGCUCAUCCGAUGACAUCAUCGAGCUGCAGGACAUACGUUUGAGCCCGAUCGCAUCGCUUCGCAACCGGCACUACGCGAACACCAUCACCACCUCCGACAGUGUGGACUCGGCCAAGUUUCCGCCCAGCUUUCGAAUCGCCCGCUCGUACGGCUCCAGCACCCGGAGUGGUUUGCGAUACCGCAGCACUAGAGGUCAGUGUCGGCCGAAGAUGCUGCACGCGAUCAAACGGGGCGCCUCCGUGAUCAAGGCGUCCAUCCCGAAGAUCAAGGACGUCAACGUGAUCGACAAGUACUCGCGGGUCAUCUUUCCCGUCAGCUUCGCUGCCUUUAACGCCGGCUACUGGAUCUUCUACGUGCUCGAGUGACCUUCAGUCAACUAAAGGCGUAAUCUCUCUCGGUAGCGUAAUAUGCAGCUAACGUAGGAACUUCCUCCCUCAACAUUUGGAACAUGACCCGUAGCGACCUUUCAGCAGCCAGACGUUUGUGGUAGAACUACUGAGACAUCGACACGGCGUACGAAAUGGAGGAAUAAAAGGACAAGAGACGCACCAUCUCUCUACUCCCACCUUCUACUUCUUUUUCAAUCGCACACGCAAACAUACAUUUCACACACACUCGAACACACAAAAAAUACCAAUGACACUAAACCCCACGCCGCAUGUUAGUCCUUUUCACCCCACUCCCUCCCACCCUGUACCAGUUUGUUACAGCUCGAAUUAGCGAAAAAACAGGACUACGAUUGAAAAAACGAACCCCUUAAAAAAUUACUCUUCUUCAAAUGGUAGUUAUUGGAAGCGGUAGCGAGGGCUUCCCCCCUCAAUUCCGGGAAUUCUGCAAAAAGAAAAAAAAUAAAGGCAACAAGCAACCCCGAAAAAAGUCACACACACACACGAGAAGAAACCAAAACAAAUAAUAAAAGCAAAAACCAAGUAAGGCUUAACAAAUUUGUAAAGAUAAUCAAAGAUAAUCAAAGAUGAUGAAGUCAUAUUUUUUUCCAGACAAAUAAAACUAAGGUAUGUCAAAAAGACGAUGCUUAAGCCACGGCGGUCGGCUUCGU